AGGGUGUUAUUUGGGAUCUACAGGUUGUUGAUAUAAGCAAUACCUGUCUGUGGCAUAAACCUGUUCUCUAAUAAAAUGACGAUAAGGCGUUUCUCCUUCACAGGGAACCGACGACUGAAUCUCUUGUCCUACAAAGGCUUCCUGCAGUUUAAUGGGAGCUGUGGAAGUCUCCGUAGCAGUGGGGGCAAAGGUCUGGCACGCUAAGGACAACUGUGGAGGAACACAACCACCGCAACCGCAGCCAUGGAUGACCUGGCCAAUGACUCUGCUGUGCGGCCACUGCUGUCGGAGGCACGUCUCAUCUACGCCAUCACUGUGCCCCUGUCCACCGCCAUCAUCCUGGCCAACCUGGUCAUCAUCCUGGGCAUCUCCUGUAACCGUCAGCUCUACAACACCCCAAACUACUUCUUCCUGAGCCUGCUAGUGGCUGACCUGUGUACGGGCGUGGCCCUACCGUUCAUCCCCUGGAUGGGACUCAACCGUCCGCUGAGUUUUAGCUCCUGUCUCCUGGUUCAUAUUUUUCCUAAUUUCUUGUUCCUGGCGUUCCUGUUUAACCUGGUGAUAGUUCAUUAUGAGAGAUACAUGUGCAUCAUGAGUCCAUUACAUUAUAGCAGCUUCUGGGUUCACCGCCACUUCCCGCUGGUGCUGCUCGCCGUGUGGGCGCCGCCACUGCUCUACGCCUCCCUGCCCGCCUUCGGCUGGAACAACCGGGCCGGCCCAGGGUGGAACGGCUGCUGCUCGUUUAACGACACGGGCGCGCUGCGUGCGCCGGUGAACUGUUCCACCGGGGUGGCAGCGGCGCCGGGCGGCUCCGAGUGCUGCUCUUACAGACGGGUCUUCCCCAACGCCUUCAUCUACCUCGAGGUGUACGGGCUGCUGGCGCCUUCCAUCCUGUCCAUCGCGGGCAUGACGGGACGUGUGCUGUGGAUCACCCGGGGCCAGAUGAAGGACAUCUGCCGGCUGCACCGCUCCGUGGCGACCAGGGGGGGCGGUCAGGCCUCGGAACGGGAGCAGCGGCUCAACCUCCGCUACACGCGGUGUGUGGCCGCCGUGUCGCUGACCUUCCUGGCCUGCUGGGUGCCCUACAUCAUCUACAUACACGUCUGCGUGGCGUUUCUGCUCAGCAAGGAGACGCGCGGGAACUCCACCACACACAUCGUGCUGUCGUGCACGGGCAUCGGGAGCAUGGCAGUGAUGCCGCUGGUCCUGGGGCUGGCCAACAGGCAGUACACAGACCCGGUGAGGAAACUCCUCCAUAAACUCAGAGACAGAUGGAGGAGGAGACAGGACUCUGAGGAUAUGGCUCUCUGAGUAGCCAGGACAGGACUGCUCUCACUUUGGGGAUGGACGCGUGGGAUUAUAAAUGGGGAUUAUAGCAUAUGGAUGAUGAAGCAUCCUCUGCUCCUGGAUGAGGGCAGUGGCGCCCCAAGUCUGUGGACUCUAGCUGUAAGGGAGUAGCAGAAAGACCCCAUUCGAGGUGCAGGACUGGUAAGGUUGCCCCACCUCUCCCAUGUCUGUCAGUUUAUAGUCACAGCAUGUGUGACUCUUGCCAUUGGGGCCAUUGAGUGCGUUAUGUUUAAAUCCAUCAGUAUACAUGUGUACACUACUUGGGUAGUCAUAAUAAAUUCAAAACAAUCACUGUAAAAGUCAC